GCAGUAACUAUUUAAGUGCUCUAGCAAGUUCACACAGUUUUACUUUGUAGAAGCCUGUGACUGUUACACUCUCUCAUCGUGGAAUGAAUUUGGAGAUGGCUUUUGAUGACCUCAAGAGCAAUACUAUGAAGGAUCAACCUGGUCGUCUUUCUUCCCGGUGGUGGUGCCCUGCUGCUGUGACACUCGGGAUCCUGUGCCUGGGCUUACUGGUGACCAUCAUAAUGCUGACAAUGCAGGUCUCCCAGGUGUCUGACCUCCUGAAGCGACAGCAAGCAAAUAUUACUCACCAGGAAAAUAUACUGGAGGGACAGAUCUUAGCUCGGAAGCAGGUGGAAAAGACUUCCCAGGAAUCACAGAGGGAACUCAAGGAAAUGAUAGAAACCCUUGCCCAGAAACUAGAAGAGCAAGCCAAAAACCAAACGGAACUCCAGCAGCAGAACCUGAAUCUCCAAGAAGCCUUGAAGAGAGCAGCAAAUAUUUCAGCUCCUUGUCCCCAAGACUGGCUGUGGCAUGAAGAAAACUGUUAUUUGUUUUCCUCUGGGCCAUUUAAUUGGGAAAAAAGCCAGGAGAAUUGCUUAUCUCUGGAUGCCCAGUUGCUGAAAAUUAGUAACAUGGAUGAUCUGGAAUUCAUCCAGCAAGCAAGUGCCCAUUCCAGCUUCCCGUUCUGGAUAGGGUUGUCUCUGAGGAAGCCCCACUACUCCUGGAUCUGGGAGGAUGGUUCUCCUUUGAAACCUCACUUGUUUAGACUCCAGGGAUCUGUCUCCCAGAUGUACCUCUCCGGCACCUGUGCCUAUUUGCAGAGGGGAGCUAUUUUUGCUGACAACUGCGUUUUAACUGCUUUCAGUAUAUGUCAGAAGAAGGCCAGCCUAUUGAGAGCACUGUGAAUCUGAAGACUGAAGAGAAGGAGCAGUGGACUUUGAAUUCUCUUCUGGAAUGUAAGCUGUUUUUGGUCACUGAGGUGCAGACCACAAGAGCCCUGCGAACUGCUUGGGAUUAAGGGACUGCAGCACUCCUUAGCAGAGACUGGGCCCUGGGCUACCUGGCACCUUAUAGCUAACAUUUUGAUUCAUUUUUAUAUAUAUUUCACCUGCUCUAUCCCAAGCCUCCCUGCCAGACUUCCAGCUCUCUUCCCUUUUUAUUUUAAAGGCAAAGGCCUGGAGCCUCUGUCCUCAGUCCUCUCUACCUUAAUGCCAUCUUUCCCUCAACCUCCUAAAGCCACAUAGAAGACAGAACAUGGAGAAGUUGCCCAAUGGCGGGCAGAGGGCAAAAGGGGAAGCAAGACUGAGCAACUGGGAGCAUGAGAAAGAGGAGAUAAAGAGCUAUGCUGGCUGAGAAAUUCAUGUUCUCAGUGUGACAGGUCACUCCUGUGGUGUUUCUCCAGACCCCACCAGAUUCCAACAUUUACACACACACACACACACACACACCCCUUCACCUCAUAUUUUGGGGUAGUUGGAAUGUCCCAGGCAGCCGUUAGAAAUGUAGUGGUCUUUUCUGUGAACUAACUCACAAUUCAUGAUCAGCUCCUGAAUUGGAUAGUAUUUCUAUAGCUUUUCUCUGCCAAAGGACAUCUUCAUAGCUUCGUAGCUUUAAUCUUUCAUAGCUUUAGUCCUUCAGAACGGUAUUUGUUAGAAUUGUAAGUUGAUGGCCCAAUAGCAGAAUUAUCCCCCCUAAAUUACGUACCCUUUUGGGUGACCUCUUCUUAACAGCUGUGCUACGCACAAAGGCAGAAGCAUUCAGGACGACAACAAAGGCACUCACUUCUAGUGCACACUCAGAGGGUGUGCAAGCACUGUGAAGAUAAACAUGGACUUAUACGAAUACCCCUUUUAUUUUCAGUGUUUCUACUUCCUUUUUGCCUCUUUUAAAGGAUACUUUUAAAGUCUUGUAACAAUCUUAAUGAGAGUGAGCAAGACCUGUCUCAUCCUCAGGAAGAUAAGAGAUAUUUUCUUUUAUGAAUAACCUUAUUGAGAUUUAAUUGACGUGCAAAUUAACUUACACAAUCAAUAAGCUUUCACGGAUGUGAGUGUGUUUCUUUGACAUCAUUACCACAAUCAAGGGAGUGAACACCUCUGUCACCCCCAAAAGUUUCAUCACACCUAGACAGCCCCUAAUUUAUGUUGGGCUUGUACUUUGUAACAUUUUAUAUGAGUAGAAUCAUACCCUAUGCCUUUUUUUAAAAAAUCUGACUUCUUUCAUUUAUCAUCAUUUUGAGAGUCGUUCACCUUCUUCUUGUGUUAGCUUUUCAUUCUUUUAAAAUGUUGAGUAUUAUUUUUUUGUAUGGAUGUAUCUCUAUUUGUUUAUCUAUUCACCUGUAGAUGUCAUUUGGGUUGUUUUUAGUUUUGGAUCUUACAAAUAAAGCUGCUAUGAACAUUCACAGCCAAGUCUCUUUGCAUGAAUAUUGGAUUUCUCUUCUCUUGGGCAAAUUCUUAGAAGUGUAAUGCCUGCAUCAUUUAGUAGGUGGAUGUUUAGCUAUUUAAGAAACUGCCAAACUUUCCUAAAGUUGGACCAUUUUAUAUUCUUAACAGCAAUGUAUAAAUGUUCCAAUUUCACCUUAGCGUUACAGACACUUGAUGUGGUAAGUCUUUUCAUUUUAACUGUUCUUGUAGGU